AUGGCCGCCGCGUCGUCGCCGCCGCCGGGCGACGACACGUUCGCGUACGUGUACCUCCCCGCGGACGCCUCGCGCGGCGUCCGCGAGCUGCGGAGGCACCGGCAGGGCUUCCCCGGGGACGCGCUUCCGGAGUUUCUGUCGGCGCACUUCGCGACGAGCGGCGGAAGCGUCUCCCCGGACGCCGCGCUCGCCGCCGCGGCCGCGCGGCUCGGCGCGGACGCGGCGUCGAGGGUCACCGCGGACGCGAUCCUGCGCGCGGUAUCGGGCGGGAAGACGGAGACGUUCGCGCUGAUGCACCCGUCCAACGCGAACGGCCAUCGCGGCGUGUACGCGUACUGCGACGAGGUCGGCAAGUUGAAGUCCCUGCCGACGAACGACCGCGCGCGCGAGCUCGCGGAGCGAUGCGGUCUCGACGUCUCGCACCCGUUCCACGGCGACGUCUUCAUCGGCGCGGUACGGACGGAGCCGACGUUCGCGAACGUGGACUUCACCGAGGGCGAGUUGGACGCGAACGCGGAGUGGAUCCGAAGGGCGCCGGCGGAAAACGCGGCGUACGCGGAGGCGAUGCGCGCGUUUAGAGACGCCGUGCGAGAGAAGCGCGUGGACGACAGCGCGAGGGACGCGAUACUCACCGAGCGAGGGUUCAAAGGAGGGACGACGGGGUCGACGGCCUCGGUCGAGACGGGUCCGGGUUCGGGUUCGGGGUCGGGUUCGGGAUCGGGGUCGGGGUCGGGGUCGGCGUCCGAGCCGUCGAGGCGCGCGAGCUUCGAACGCGCCGCCGCGAGCCACGCGAUGCGAAGCUCGACCGGACUCGUGGAGUACUUCGAGUCGCUCCCGCCGAUGGACGCGCCGGUGACCGUGCGCGCGAUCCCCGGGCGAGGGAACGGCGUCGUCGCGACGCGGGACAUCGCGCGAGGGGGGACGCUGUGGGCGGAAGCGCCCCUCGUCGGCGCGCAGAGCCCGGAGAACGAGGCGACGUGUCUCGCGUGCGCGCGGUGCCAUCGGAGCGUCGGCGACAUCGACGCGCAGCUGACGCUCAUGAGCGGCGGGCGCGACGCGGAGACCGUGCGUCGAGCGUGCGUCGCGAUCGACGGCGCGGACCCUCCGUCGCGCGACGGCGAAGGGUGGUGCGACGUCGCGUCGGCGGCGAGAAGAGACGCGACCCUGGCGCGAGCGAUGAAGACGUGCGAGGGGAUCGCGCCGGCGACGCCGUGCGUCAACGCCGCGUCCCGGGGGUGCACGACGCUGUAUUGCGGCGAGAUGUGUCGCGCGAAGCACGCGAAGGAGGACGGGCACGCGCUCGUGUGCGCGGGCGCGGGAGGAACGGACGGCGCCGACGCCGCGGCGACGACGGCGGCGGCGUUGAAGCGGCACUGCGGGCAUCACGACUCGCUCUUCCUCGCGACCGCGGUCAUCGCGCGCGUCGCGUCGUCGCUCGCCGACGGGAACGAUUGGGACGCCGCGACGCUGCCGUUCCGCGCGUUCGCGCAGGGACCGUGGUGGGAAGUCGCGUCAGACGGCGACCCGAUGAUGUUGCUGAGACUCCGAGGGAUCGCCGCGCGCGCGUUGGCGUUGACGCGAGACGCCGCGGAAGCCUUCUCUUCCGCGGCGGGUGGGCCCGAGGAGGAUUCGGUUACAGAUUCGGAUGUUACGGAUGUUACAGAUUCGGUCGCCGCCGCGCGCGUCUGCGCGGCUCGAGUCCCCGAGGUUGUCGACCGCCUCGGUUUACACGGCUACGGCGCGAUACUUGGCGCGUUCGAGCUGAACCAGCUGUCGAUGAAGAUCGACGGGCCGACGCGCGGCGCGUGCCACGAGCUUCUGUGUUUGGACGAGCUCGAGGGCUCGGAGUCGGUCGCGGGCGCGAUGGACGCGUUGCUUCCGAUCGCGCUGAAAGCGCAGGCGGCGCGCGACGUCGAGGACGCCGCCGCGGGGCGUCCUACGCGGGGAGGAGUGGACGCGAACGACGGCGACGGCGACGACGACGGCGACGGCGACGACGAUGACGACGACGACGAACCGCGGCUGGACCCGACCUCGGACGCGGAGGACCUGUUCGACGCGAGCCGACGCGUCUUCCCCGGCUUCGAAGGCACCGUGCUGUUUCCCAUGGCGUGCUUGUGCAACCACUCGUGCGCGCCGAACGCGACGCCGCGGUACCGGAGCUGGAAAGGCGCGGCGGCGGUCAGAGUGCAGGCGACGAGGGACGUGCUCGCGGGGGAGGAGAUCACGAUGAGCUACGUGGACGAGACGGCGGGCGUCGACGCGCGCGCGGACGCGCUCGCGUCGUACGGGUUCACGUGCGAGUGCGAGAAGUGCGUCGAGGAACGGGCCGCGAUCAGAAAGGUGCCCACCCUGCAGUUCGGAGGGUGGACCGAGGAGGUGGAUUGA